AGAAAAUGAUGCGUUAUUUUGUUGCGUUUUCAUUACUGUUAUUCGUUUUGGAAAUCUCAGUCGAGGCGAGCUCGAGCGUCCCUGAAGUAUUUCUUUUUUGCUUCGCCCAUGCUCCUCGUACAUGCAAAGCACACUGCUUGGAAAGUAAUUGCCGAAACGGACAAUGCAAAGGGGUACCAUCAGGACAAGGUCGAGAGGUUAAAUGUAUCUGUGAGGAUUGUCCCGGUGGUCAGCAGAGGAAGAAACAACUUCAUUGAACAGAUGCAUGUCUUUUGAGCUUUUUGCGUAACACCAGUAUGAAGCUGUUAUAAUGCAAAUUAUUCAAUGUUUCCACCACUCAACGAUAUUAUUCAAGUUAUCAGCAAUAUUCACUCAAAUCUACGAGAAAAAGCUGGUAUACUUAUUUUACCAUGCUAACACAAUUCGGUUCUUUGUCUUACUGUCAAAUGUUCAGAAUUAAUAGAUUU